AUGCCCUUUCUAUUGGGGACAGUAGCGCCGGACAUGUCAAACCAUCAAUCUUUGGUGGCAUGCUUCAAGGGCGAAGCUCAAUCAAGUCUGUUUGUAAACGUCAGCCACAUAACAUUUUGUUCUCUUAGCUCACUGCCUUCAUAAGGAGCAUACGUUCUUCCAGUGCCAUAUCCGAAUGAGAUUGAUUUGCGAAUGCUUUUAGGUGGGGCUGCCUGCGAAGCAGCUAUGCUGGGAUUUCACAUAAAACCAGUACUCUCUUAUUAUGUAUACCACGGUCCAAUUUUUCGAGCCAUGGAUGCCACUUCAAUCACAGUCGUAGGCCCACAUUGGACAGGUCCUCUCCAUGAUCGCUCUUCCAUCAUAGAAAUGCUAGACUUGGCUAUAGAAUGGGGAUGGGCACACACAAGUGAGAAUGGUGUCACUUUGGAAAAACUUCUUGGCACCAUGAUUGAGGAGAGUGACCCAAGGUUACCGCCUGGAUAUAUAAGACUUGAUGAGAUGGCCAGCCGAGCAAAAGUCAACUCUCCACCACUUCGUACUCUCAUCCAUUCAUUGCAGAAGCAAGGUUAUGCUACUUGUAGAUCACAUAUAGGUGCGAACGCAGAGAAGACCAACUGUCCCAUCAGUUCAUGCAUUGUGGUUGCACGGGAGACCCGAAAUUUGCAUUAA